CAGGAGGUUUCAUUCUGACCUGCUAGAGUUUAGCUGUCUUCUUUUUCUUCAGCAAUGUGGGUGCUCCAGAGUGGAGUGUACAAAUCUCCAGCUAAUCCGCCGGCCAGUGCUGAAUGGUGCGGAUGGGGGAACAGGGAUAAUGAAAUGCCUGACAUCACUGUUCCAGAGAGUUCAGCCUGGGCCUGGCCUGGCACCAGGGAGCAUAUAAAGCCUUGGCUCUCGACUGGCUGGAGUACACUACUGCUGCCACCGUCUCCUCCGGGACCAACCCAGAUGGAUAUCACCGUUCACCACCCCUUCUUCCGCAGACCCCUGUUAUCCAACCUGUUGCCAAGCCGCAUCUUCAACCAGACUUUUGGGGAGCACCUUCUGGAGUCUGAACUGCUCCCCGGUUCCUCAGUUCUCAGCUCUUUCCUUUUGAGACCCUCCAUUCUAAGGAACCCCAGCUGGCUGGAGAGCCUAUUCUCAGAGAUGCGACUGGAUAAGGACAAGUUCUCUGUAAGCCUAGAUGUGAAGCAUUUCUCGCCUGAAGAGCUGAAAGUCAAGGUUCUGGGAGACACGAUUGAAGUUCAUGGGAAACACGAGGAGCGCCAGGAUGAACAUGGCUUCAUCACCAGGGAGUUCCAUAGGAAGUACAGGAUCCCAGCUGACGUGGAUCCCCUCUCCAUCACCUCCUCCCUCUCUUCGGAUGGUGUCCUGACAGUGAAUGGACCAAGGAAAGCCACGGAAGUCCCAGAGCGCACCAUCCCCAUUGCCAGGGAGGGGAAAUCUGACCUACUUGCAGGGCAAAGAAAGUAGACGGCUCUUCGAGACCCACCCUUUUACACCUAAGAAAGCCUUUCCAUUGGGCGCAAACAGCAGGGGGUCACUGGCUGGCUGUUCUUAUUUAUUUGUUCUAAGCAAAGUAGCUUGUUUACUAGCAAAUAAACCAAUGAAUAAGCA